UGGCGAGAAGCAGCUGUCUCUCCUCCUGUCACUCAGCACAGUUCACUGCGGUUUUAGGAGGCGACGCUGUAGCUGUCUGAGCUGAUGGGGGUCUUUUGGGAAGAUACUGACAUUGUCACAAAUCUACCGGUGCUAGCAGUGUAAGCUAGCGAGGCGGCUAGUUGCAGCUUAGCUUCACACAGUUCCUGUGAUACAAAAGUGUCCUGGUGCGUCUCCAAGGAGGGACCCAUUAAGCAUGAUGAAGAAAAAGAAAUUCAAGUUUAAAGUGGAUUUUGAGCUGGACGAGCUGUCUUCGGUGCCGUUCGUUAACGGGGUCCUGUUUUGUAAAAUCCGUCUCCUGGACGGCGGGUUUUCGGAGGAAUCCUCACGAGAAAUGGUCCAGGCAAACUGUGUGCGCUGGAGAACGAGGUUCUCUUUUCCUUGUAAAAUGAGCGCCAGUGCUGGAACAGGAGUUCUUGAUCCUUGCAUAUGUCGUGUUUCUGUCAGAAAGGAACUGAAAGGUGGGAAGACUUAUGCAAAGCUGGGCUUUGCUGAUCUGAACCUGGCUGAGUUUGCAGGAUCUGGGAGCACCACACGCCGCUGUUUACUGGAGGGCUAUGACACCAAGAACACCAGGCAGGACAAUUCCAUUCUCAAGGUGAUCAUCUGUACUCAUCUUAUGUCUGGAGACCCCUGUUUCAAAACACCUCCAUCUACUGCCACAGUGAUCGGGAUCCAGGGAAAUGAAGAGUGUCUGCUGGAAGAGCGAAGAGGUGGAGAAACCCAGAAACCCUUUCUGGGGCUCUCAGAAACCACAGGAAAGUGUGGCUCUCUGUCAGAGGAUCUGGGGGUGUGUGGUCAUUCCCGAACCUCCAGCUAUGCUAGUCAGCAAUCUAAAGUAUCAGGCUACAGCUCGGGUCACUCUCGCUCCUCCAGCCUAUCGGAGUUCACCCAUAAGAGGAACACGUCAAUUGAUAGUGCAUCUACAGGCAUUGCUAGCAUCCCUGAGCCCAGUGAUGAGAGCCCGAGCUCCACAGCGCCUGCUGCUGCUGGCCUUGGAGCCUGUAGCACCCUGUCAGUAAACCCUGCUACACCAGACCGAACUUCCAGCAGGCACCCAAUGAAGCAGGAUUCAAUGGAAUCACAACUGAAGCGCGUGGACGCAACUAGGGUUGAUGCUGAUGAUGUGGUGGAGAAAAUCCUGCAGAGCCAAGACUUCACCCCUGGCCUGUUUGACUCUAGCGCUGAAGAGGAGGGUCUUCGUUUAUUUGUGGGUCCUGGAGGAAGCACAGCACUUGGCAGCCAUCAUCUUCCUGUCAGGGUUGGUGCUGGUGCCUAUGAACAAGUGGUGAUCAAGCGCUAGAGCUGGAAGGUGCCAAGUAAAGAGGUGGCACAAAACCAAAGUACAGGUGAGAGAAAGGGCUCUUCAAACUCUUCUUUCCAGCAGUGUGAUUUUUUUCCCCCCAUCCAUUCACUGCUGGUAGAGCCUGAGGAUUUUCAAAGAGCAGUCUCUGCCAUCAUUCUGUAGGCAUGGGCUCCUCUGAAUCCUGGGGUAACUUAACUCCUUUCCAAUCCCAACACUCCCUGCUUUCUUCUUUGAUUCGCCUAUAAAUUCUUCAACAAAGGAGGGAAACUUGUUCUACAUGUUGGAACAGGAAACGAUCUUUGCAGGGUUUUGCUUGUUUGGCAGGUUUUAUUUUUUAUUUUCCAGUUUUUUUGUCACUUGUGUGGUGAGGAUUUUAGCUCUUCAUUAGAUCUUGUGUAUUCAGGGUUUUAGAUUCACAUAGUUGAUUUUUUAAUAUAUAAGCAUAUUCAGAUGAGUCAUGCAUCCGCAUCUCAGUGUUUUUGUGUGUAGGUGGGAAUUGCAGAUGCAGUGCUGCAGAUUUCUGGUUAAGGUCACAUCGUUGUGUAGUGCUUCCUUUGGCUGAGGGGAAAUUGAACCAACUAGCUGGCAUUGGGGAGGAGAGUUUGACUGUAGCGAGGAGAAUUAGUGGCACUCACUGAACAAAGUGUCAACUUUAUAUUUAAAUAAAUGAGUAAUAAAUUCUGAUAGCACUUAAUAGUAUAAUACUUUGAAUAGUUCAGUCCCUGUAGGCUGUAUUCUGUCAGAUUUAGAUUUCUAUUGUUCUUGGUUGUCAGUGUGCAGAUCAGAGUCUAAAUGUUAAAAACUAUUGUUUGUGCAUUUGGUUGUAUAGCCAUUUCACUCCUUCA